AUGUCUCCCACCUCAGGUAUGGUCGCCACGGCCGACGAGGCUUUCCAGGGGCCAAACUUGAACGUCACGUUGACAUGUCCAGAGUGCAAGAUUUAUCCACCAGAUUUGAUUGAGCGGUUUAGUGAAGGUGACAUCGUAUGCGGAAGCUGUGGGUUGGUGCUCAGCGAUCGUGUUGUCGACACCCGUUCCGAGUGGAGAACCUUCAGUAACGACGACCAAAACGGUGACGAUCCCAGCCGUGUGGGUGAUGCUGGAAACCCGUUGUUGGACACAGAAGAUUUGUCCACCAUGAUCUCGUACGCUCCAGAUAAUGGACGUGCAGGGAAGGAGUUAAACAGAGCCCAGUCUAAGUCCAUCGUAGACAAGAAGGACAACGCGUUGGCCGCGGCUUAUGCUAAGAUCUCGCAAAUGUGUGAUGGGUACCAACUCCCCAAGAUCGUUCAGGAUAGUGCUAAAGAGGUAUACAAGAUGGUUUACGACGAACGUCCGUUGAGAGGAAAAUCGCAAGAGUCCAUCAUGGCCGCUGCCAUUUUCAUCGGCUGCCGUAAAGCAAAGGUGGCCAGAUCCUUCAAGGAAAUUUGGGCAUUGACCAAUGUUCCACGUAAGGAAAUUGGGAAGGUAUUCAAGAUUAUCAGACAGGUGAUGCAGGAUAAGAACGCCACCGACCCUAAUGCGGACAUGUUCAACCAGGACAAUAUCCAGACCACGCAAACGUCAGCCGAGGAUUUGAUCCGUCGUUUCUGUUCCCAUUUGGGACUUGGUACCCAGGUCACAAAUGGUGCCGAAUACAUUGCGCGUCGGUGUAAGGAGGUGGGUGUUUUGGCUGGUAGGUCUCCUACCACCAUUGCUGCCACCGUCAUUUACAUGGCAGCGUUGAUUUUCGGGGCAGAGUUGGCUCCUUCCAAGAUUUCUGACAAGACUGGUGUCAGUGACGGUACCAUCAAAACCUCAUACAAGGUAAUGUACGAAGAAAAGGACAAAUUAAUCGACCCAUACUGGAUUGAAAGUGGCAAGGUUAAGUUGGAAAACAUCCCCAAGAGUUAG